AUGUUCGACAUAGACUGGCUCAGUCUAGCGGUCCCCCUCGUCUACUUGGGUAUUCUACUGGGAUCGCUGGCAACAUUUUCUUCGCUCUACCGCAAGCGCAAGGCCCACAAGGCUGCUUCUCUAGAGCCCUGGUUCCCCGCCCAUCUCCAACGCGAUAUCUACUUCUCCCUUCUCCACCUUGAGCCCUCGGCUUCUUCCACAAAAGAGAAGAAGGCCCCCGCCAUCCCCGAUUCCAUCCUGAAGGCUUCUCUCCUUCGUCGCGCAUCUGAGGAUAUCCGUCGGAUUAUGGCGCUCCGCAGUCAGAAGCAGGCGCUUGCUAUGCUUCUCCAGCGCGGAAGUGUCGGUGAUGAUCUCUGGCAGCGAUUCCAACGCGCGGAGAAGGAGAUGGAAGAUGAGGUCAAGGAUGUUGUGUCAGAGGCCAACGCAUACGCUCCUGGCUGGGGUCAGACUAUCUUCCAGUCUGCUAAUGAGAUGAUGAACAACGAUAUCUACCGCAAGCGCAUGGAAGAGCAACAGAGCAAGGUCGAGGAGGAACGCCAAUGGUGGGAUAAAAAGAAGACUAGCAUCAAGGAGAGUUUCAUGAAGGAGCUGGACGACAGCCCCUCUGCAUCCACUACUCCUGCCGCUACCAAGACCUCCACAAAGUCCUCUGAUGAAGUGGCAGCAUCCUCUGCCCCCGCCGCUUCUGUUCAAGGCAGUGAUGACGAUGCGGUGCUUGUGGAGGCUGAUCCUUCAACGAAUACCCCUGCUUCUCCUGCUUCACCGGCAGGUGGUGGAAAGAAGAAGAAGAACAAGGGCAAGAAAUAG